CCCCCACCUCCCCUGGGCAGAUUGUGCUCCUUCCUCCCCUGUGUCCUGCUCAUUUCACACUGGCUGUGUGGUGCCUCUUGUCUGGGAGGGAACAUCGCAUAUCCACACCACCACCCCCUCCUCAAAUAAUCCAUUUCCAUAUUGUUUGGGGCAGAAUGGGUCUCUCGGUGGGUCUGGGGAGAAGCGGGUGAGGAGGCUGGAAAGAACCGGUGGGCAUCAGAAAGCCAGGCUUGGAAGGCUUCUGGAGGGGGAGGAAGAGGCUGAUUUCAGUCCUGAGGACCUGGAGGCGGGAGUCAGCCCUCAAGAGCGGGAGUGCUCUUCUCUCCGAGGGGGUCAGAGGAGCGGGGAGGGGGAAGCAGAGGGGGGCCUUUGCCUGGAGACGUCAUCUGGCUUUUAUAAAAGGGAUGUGACCAAGGAGCUGGUGAGAGCAAGCCCAGGAGCCCAGCUCCCCUUCCUCCAAGUGGUCUCCCACCCAAGCAGUGUCAUCACCUCGGAGACCUCGGGGACCUCGUGGCGCUCCUUCUGGGCCAGGACAAGGUCACUUCCAAAACCUGCAUCUUCUCACCAGGAUGAAUGCACUGGUUUUUUGGCAGCUGAUGUUCUUUCUUUGGGCCACUUCCUUCAAGGAGACAUUAGAAAAAGUGGCACCCAUGGAGAAUCCUAGAUCUACAGGCCCGCGGCCCAUUCCGCCGCCGCUCCAGGCUCCCUGGGAGCAGGGCCCGCGGUGUGCGGAGAGAAAGCCCGCUGCCGCCGAGGCGAACCCUCGGGGGACCUCAUCGUGCCAGCCUCCCGAGAGCUCCUCGGGGCCCCAGCGGCCAGGCCUGUGCACCCCCCGCAGCCGCCUGAUCCCUGCCCCGCGGGGCGCGGUGUUAGUGCAGCGGGAGAAGGACCUGUCCGCCUACAACUGGAACUCCUUCGGCCUGCGCUACGGAAAGCGGCAGGCGGCGCCGCCCGGGAGCCGCAACCAAGGCGCCGGGCGAGACUGAGACCUUCAAACCCGGGAGGCGGGUCCAAGCAUGGGGGCGGGGCGGGGCGGGGGCGGGGAAGUGGGAGGGGCUUGGAAUUUCAACCUGAAACAAUAAAGGAAAUGCAGUGCGACUCAC